AUGGGCUCUAUUGCCAACGAUCAGGUCGACCCAACUGAUCUUCCGUUGCGCCAAGUCACCGAGAAUGCCAACCUGGAAGAGUACGUGACGGAGACCGCGGCGGGAGAGAUCAUCAAGCCCGUCAAGUCUACCGUCACGGGGCAGAUGGAGGAUUGGAAGCUGGUCACCUUCAAGAUCGACGACCCCGAGAACCCCAAGAACUGGUCCAAAGCGUUCAAAUGGUACUGCACCAUGGUCGUGUCCUUUACCUGUUUCGUUGUCGCCUUUACCAGCAGUGUGAUCACGGCCGAUAUCGAAGGCCCCGCCAAGGAAUUCGGGGUGUCGCGUGAAGUGAGUCUGGUCGUGGUCACCGUGUUCGUCAUUGGUUUCGGUGUUGGCCCCAUGGCAUUUGCUCCCGCAUCAGAAAUGUUUGGUCGCCGACCCGUUUACGCUCUCACUCUUUUAGUGGCCGUGAUCUUCAUCAUCCCGUGCGCCGUUUCCAAGAACAUCGCAACCCUGAUCGUCUGCCGUGCGAUCGACGGUAUCGCCUUCAGUGCGCCCAUGACUCUGGUCGGUGGCACGUUGGCCGAUCUGUGGAAGAACGAGGAACGUGGUGUCCCAAUGGCUGCUUUCUCCGCCAGUCCUUUCAUUGGUCCCGCCAUUGGUCCCCUUGUCGGUGGUUAUCUCGCGGAUGGCACCGGUGACUGGAGGUGGCUGUACUGGAUCCAGCUGAUUCUCGGAUUCUGUGCCUGGGUUCUGAUCACCUUCACCGUGCCGGAGACCUAUGCCCCCGCCCUUCUGAAGAAGAGAGCCCAGAAGUUGCGCAAGACCGAGAACGACGAGAAAUACGUGACCGAGACCGAGCUGGAUGCCCGUCCGAUGGGCGAGAAGCUGCGCAUCUUCCUCUUCCGCCCCUUCCAGCUUCUCUUCCUGGAACCCAUUGUGUUUUUCAUCUCCAUCUACAUGUCGGUUCUCUACGGUCUGCUGUACAUGUUCUUCGUUGCUUACCCUAUCGUGUUUGAAGAAGGCAAGGGCUGGAGCGCUGGACCUACUGGUCUGAUGUUCAUUCCUCUCGCUAUCGGUGUCCUGUGCAGUGCGGCUUGCGCCCCCCUGGUGAACAAGCAUUACCUGUCUCUUUACGCAAAGAACGGUGGCCGGCAACCCCCCGCCGAGAGCCGUUUGAUUCCCAUGAUGCUCUCGUGCUGGCUGAUCCCGAUCGGUCUGUUCAUCUUCGCCUGGACCUCGUACCCCCAUAUCCACUGGUUCGGCCCCGCCAUCGGUGGUCUUCCCGUCGGCUUCGGCUUCAUCUUUCUGUACAACUCGGCCAACAACUACUUGGUCGACACCUACCAGCACCAAGCCGCCUCCGCCUUGGCAGCCAAGACGUUCCUCCGUUCCAUGUGGGGUGCCUGCACGGUGCUGUUCACCGAGCAGAUGUACCACCGUCUGGGCUACGAGUGGGCGAGCACGCUGCUGGCCUUUUUGGGUCUGGCCUGCUGCUUGAUUCCCUUCGUCUUUUACUACAAGGGAGAGUCUAUCCGCCGCUUCUCCAAGUACGCCUUCGUCCCUGAUGAAGAGCACGGAAAGUUUUAA